AUGAGAACAGCGCGCAGGGCCAGCAAUGUGGAGGUGCCCUCCUUCCUCCGCCAGCUGGUUAAAGAAACAGAGAAGAUGGUGACCUUCUUUUUCAAAGGCGGCUCAAGAGAAAAGGGGCCCGAGGAGCAGGAGAACUUCGACGAAGAUGACGACAUGCCCAGCCCGUACCUGGAGAGGCCCAUUCUGGAAAAGCAUGUAUCCGAGGGGGGGUCUCAAUCAGGGGUAAAUUACGCGGUGGCGAGCAUGCAGGGCUGGAGGGCUCAGAUGGAGGACGCGCACACUUGCAUGCCUCACAUGAGAGGGGAGCUGAGCGAGUGGGCCUACUUCGCCGUGUUUGAUGGCCAUGCAGGGAACACCGUGGCCCAGUACUGCUCUAGGAACCUGCUGGACCACAUCCUUGCCACAGGUGGGGUAAAAGCAAGCGAAGACCCAGAGCAGGUGAAGGAGGGCAUCCGUGAGGGAUUCCUUGAAAUUGACCGACACAUGCACAAACUGGCCCACGAGGACAACUGGGACCGCAGCGGCACCACAGCGGCGGCCGUCAUCAUCUCCCCGCAUUACGUGUACUUCAUCAACUGCGGGGAUUCGCGCACUCUCCUCUGUAAGGACGGCCAGCUGGUCUUCUACACCGAGGACCACAAGCCCUUCAACCCCAGGGAGAAGGAGCGUAUACAGAACGCCGGCGGCUCUGUCACGCUGCAGCGCAUCAACGGCUCGCUGGCCGUAUCCAGAGCCUUGGGCGACUUCGAUUUCAAGGAAGUGGACUGGAGGCCGCAGACGGAGCAGCUGGUGUCGCCCGAGCCCGAAGUGUAUGAAGUGGAGCGGGCGGCCCGGGACGAGUUCAUCGUGCUGGCGUGCGAUGGCGUUUGGGAUGCCAUCGGCAAUGAGGAACUCUGUGCUUUCGUGCGCAGCCGCCUGCAGGUGUGCGACGACCUGCGAGAGAUUUGCACACAAGUCAUCGACCUCUGCCUCUAUAAGGGCAGUUUGGAUAACAUCAGCAUCAUUAUAGUGUGCCUCCCGGGCGCCCCCCAGGUGUCUCAAGAGGCACUGCAACGAGAGGCGGCGCUGGAGCAACACAUUGACAUGAAAGUAGAAGAAAUCAUCAAGAUGAUGCGGUCCACAGAUGAGGAUCCUGACCUUUUGGAUGUGAUCAAGUUCCUGAGGGAGGAGGAAAUACCGGGACUUCCUCCAGGGGGCGGCAUCACCAGCAAGCGAGAUUGCAUCAUCGCUUCAUAUCAGAAACACAUCGCAGCUCUCAGGACUCAAGAGCCAAUGGAUAUGGGCGGAUCAGAAGAGGACUCCAACUAAAAGCAUCAGCAUGGAAACACUGUGAUCAGCAUCCUUCCCAAAGCCCUUC